AUGGAAAAACACGAUGUGCAGAAUUUCGACAACGCCAACGACGAGGAAUUGAGGUCGAAAAUUGACGACGAUGAUGACGAUGAUGAUGUGAAUAAAUUGAUGUGUGGAUUCGGAGCAUGCACACCGGGUUGGCUUCAAGGAUUCCACAACGCCAAAUGUUUGCUUCUCGUCUUGGGAAUCUGCGCGUUCAUUCAAAGCUUCGUGGUAAAUGCCAUAUUCCCUGUUGGAUUGUCGACACUCGAACGACGUUUCGACAUGACGAGCACCCACACCGGCAUCAUUUCGAGUUGGUACGACUUCGCCGUCCUUCUCGUCGUCUUUCCAGUGUGCCAUUGGGGAAACAAUGGGCAUAAGGGACGAUGGAUCGGAUGGGGCGGCGUUGUGAUGGCUCUCGGCUCGUUGAUCUGCGCCCUUCCGCAUUGGAUGGUCGAUCUAUACCAUCCAGAAACCUCGGCAGGACAGAAUCAAUCCGAUUUUGGCCAGUGCACAUUGCGCGACGAUCAAACUUGCGUCGGAACUGCGCCAUCAACCUAUUGGAAUCCAUACUUCUGGAUGUUCAUAUUGGGUCAAACCCUUCAUGGAAUCGGAUCGACACCAUUGUUCUCAAUUGGAACCACCUAUAUGGACGAGAACGUCUCGCAGAAAGCCUCUCCAGUGUACCUCGCCAUCCACGCCGUCUUAACAUCGUUCGGGCCGGUGAUCGGCGUCUUCGCCGGAGGCUUCCUUCUCAAUCUCUAUGACGAUUUCGAUCGAGUUGAUGUGGUGCCGAUGGAUGGAUCCGAUCCAAGAUGGGUUGGCGCUUGGUGGGUGGGAUUCAUCAUCUCGUCGAUAUCGGCCCUCCUCAUCGCUGUGCCGAUACUGGCGUUCGCUCGAGAGCUGCCAGAGGCGAAGCGUCACCGAGCCAAAGACGUUAAUCAGUGUCACGCGGUGAAUGGAGACGUGAACGCGAAAGCGCCGAAAGAUCUCAAGAAGCUUCCAUUAUGUGUUCUAAAAAUCCUCAUAAAUCCCACGUUCCUUGUAUGCAUUUUUGUAGGAAUUUUCGAAUCGAUAAUCAUCAACGGUUUCGCCGCGUUUAUGCCGAAAAUUCUUGAAACCCUCCUCAGCACCAAUCCGACGUUUGCCUCCUAUUUGUCAUCUGUUGUGAUUUUCGCGGCAGCCACCGGUGUGAUGGUCGGCGGCACGAUUAUUCGCCAACUCAAAUUGCAGGUUGGCGGAAUGCUGAAAAUGAUCAUCGUGUGCCAUAUGAUUGCUCUCAUCUUCACCACCGGCCUUCUCAGCCACUGCCCUCAGCGUGAAUUCGUCGGCAUCAAUCUGGGAUAUGACGAUUUGAGUAUCGAGAAGACGCACGAUUACCUUGUCUCGUCCGAAUGCAACGCCGAUUGCCAUUGCAAACCGGCGUGGAAUCCCGUGUGCGAUCGUCAGAGCGGCCACAUGUAUUAUUCGGCGUGUCACGCCGGCUGCACAUCGAUGUCGAAAGUGAACGGCUCGCAGGAAUGGGCGGGAUGCGCGUGUCUCACGAGCAACGCCACAUUCCACAAUCUUUUGCAUCCGGGUGUCGCCGAGUCCGACGAGAAGCUCUAUCAAGGCUAUUGCAAUCACGACUGCGGCUAUCGCGCAUACAUUUUGAUUCUGACAUUGUUCAUCACCGUUGUCGCCAGCUUCGCCGCAGGAAUCCCAACUCAACAGAUCAUGCUGCGAGUUGUUCCAUUUGACCAGCGUACAUUGGCAUUGGGAAUCAAUUGGACAUUCGUCCGACUUUUAGGCUUCAUCCCUGGCGGAAUUCUGUUCGGAGUCAUCAUUGACACCGCGUGUCUCGAAUGGGGACAAUCAUGCGGAAAAUCGACUAGUUGCUUGGUGUAUGAUCCGUUCAAACUUAGUUGGACAAUCACCGGAUUAGCAAUCGUGUGCAAAUUGCUUUCAAUUCUCGCAACAAUGAUCGGCUACAUGACGUACCAGCCAUCUGAUUUGGAUAAUGGAGUGUCGAUUCAUACAAUGGACAGCCAAUGUCAUACGGCUCUCCAUCUCGUCGUCAACGAUGAUCGUUUCAACGAAGCGGCAGUCAUAAAUGCAAGCUACAAUCAUAUGUAA